GGGUGGGGGGGGGGGGGAGGGGGGGUGGGGGGGGGGGGGUGGGGGGGGGGGGUGGAAGGGGUGGGGGGUGGAGGGGGGGAGUGGGGGGGGGGGGGAGGGGGGGGGGGUAGGGGGGGGGAGGGGGGGUGGAGGGGGGGGGGUGGGGGGGGGUGGAGGGUGGC